UCCCCCGCAAACUUUUCAGAUCUCAAUGAGCCCAGAGUCCCUUUGAGUCCAGUUCCCCUUGAGGCUUGAGCAAGGACUUGAUCAAACUUUUGAAUUUCGAAGUGGUUGGCAACACAAUCCUGUGAUAACUGAACAGGCUCAGAUCGAGUGCAAGCUGUCUCUAAGAUAGAGGGGCUCGACCCUUUGAGGCGUCACUACGAGAGCCUAAUUAGGGGCUCGGUUCUUGUAAAAGGGUAACGUUUGUCAGCAUCUCAUCAAAACAACUUCAAUCCAUCCCAAAUUAUCUACGUUGCCUGCAAUCUUCCAACUCCGUCACCCUCCUCCAGUCACAUAGUAGUAAUCAGAAGCUCGUUCAACAUCGUAAACCCAAUCACCGCUGGCUUGGGUUUCUUGGACCGCCGUCUUUUGUCGGUACUGGCGCUGUUAACUUCUACUGCGGUCAAUCAAUUUACUCCUGAAGUGAGAACAAUCGGCUACGGCUACUUCCUCCUCAAACCUGCGUUGAUCGACGGUGCUACUUCGAAAUUAGUCAAUUCAGGCGCGAAUCGCUUCUCCGAUCGCACUCACCGCUUUCAACACAGUACCGAUCAGGCCUUCUCAUAACGUACACAAGAAGUUAGUAUAUCCGUGAUGGCACUUGAAAGGGUGUCUUGUACAUCCUGUGCGUCUGCGGGAUUCGGUCACUCAUGCGAGCUGGAUAUUGCACUCAACUCCUGUAAGAGGUGCCUACAAACUCAGGGAGAGUGUUCUUAUCUCUCGAACUCGGUAGAACGUACGAUGGCUAUGCUCCAGGCCAUCUCUGAUCAACAAGAUUCUCUUCUUCAUGAAAUAGAGCUUCUCAGUGCUCGGCUGGCUAACAUGGCUUUGGAGACAGAACAUCUCGAAUGGUACGAAAGGAUAUUGAGUGCUCAAGCGGAUGAUAGUAUUAGGACUGGCCAUUUGUUUCCUCCCCUUAUCACUAGGACUAGUCUUCCUGGGAGAAGACAUAAGUUUGUGGUUUAUAUUCUUUGAAUCAGAUUCACAUCAUUCAUGCAGGAUCCCCUCUUUCUCACUCAACCAUCAUUGCAAAAGACAAAAGACGCCUUCAACAGAUGUUGUUGAAAUUCGGGUUUUCCUGCAUACCAAGUCUCACUUUCAUCAAUCUUCGACAACACCUAAUAUUAUUUUACAAUUCUCCUGUACUCAUCCUAAUAUAUGUAAUGUUCUAAUUUAUCAUGAUUUCCAUUAAAACUUCAAAUCAUGAUAUGUAUUGGUAAGGGUGUUCCUUGUACUUGGUGACCUGCCUCAUUACCACAUCUUUGAAGCUUACUGAACUAUAUGCACAACAAUUU